CCCCGGUGAGGACGAAGCGCCAUAGCCACGGUAGUCCUGGCGACAAGAACCCAGCAACGAGAAUCAACAACAACAUCCCUGUACUUAAAAAAUAAAUAGAAAAAAAGAGCGGGUGAAAAUUCAAGGAAAUUAGAGCUGCUGUGAUGGCAACUCCAGGUUAUGCAGGGGAACUUCAACAAACCUCACAGCCUCAGGGCCGCACAGGGGCUGUGGCCCCUGGACCAUCUUCCGGCCCUCCCUCCGCUACCCUCUCUGCUCCACCCCAGUUUCUCGCCGACCUGCAGACCACCGGCGCCGCACCUGCCGCAACGCCAGGUGGACAGAGCACGCCCCCUGCCUCAGCCCCUCCCUCAGCUGCACAGAAGACUGUGGUUGCUGCCCCCGCACAGCCCCCUCCCGCUCAAACGCAGUACGUAACUGCGGAGAUCCAGAGCUCCCCCACGCAGUCCAGUAACGGGCAGACCACUGCACAGUACAUCGUGGUCACCGUCACAGAAGGCUCCCUGCACUCCAACGACUCGGUGUCCGACGCCAGCCCCCCACCGGCAGCGGUCCAGACGGGUGUUCCCACACAGGUGGUGCAGCAGGUGCAGCGGUCAGUGGUGCAAACAGGCCCGCCGGCCACAAAGACUGGAUCGAAUGCCCAGCUGACAGUUACUAGCCUUCAGCCAGUGCACCUGACUCAGGAGCAGCAGCUCCAGCAAGUGCCGGUGCAGCAUGUCUACACCAGCCAGGUGCAGUACGUGGAAGGGGGUGACGCCAGCUACGCCACGAGCACCAUACGCUCCGGCAGCUACCCCUACUCGGAAAGCCCUCUCUACAGCCAGACUGCAGCCACGCCUUACUAUGAGGCCCCGCCUGCCUCAGGGUCACAGGUCACCACCCCCGUGACCUCUCAGACGGUGUCGGUGACGGCAGGCGCGGGCACCGUGUCCAUGUUCGUGUCGGGGGCGGGGCAGAUCGUAGCCGACGCCACUCCGGGCACAGGGGGAGGGGCCACGGUGGCAGCCGGCGGCACGUCCGGCGGCGCCGGGGCGGCCGGCGAGGGCAGUGACGGCGGGGGCAGCUACGUCAUCCAGGGUGGGUACAUGCUGGGCAGCAGCAGCAGCAGCAGCAGCAACAGCAACAGCCAGAACUACUCACACAACGCGCGCGCCUCACCUGCCACUGUGCAGUGGCUGCUGGACAACUACGAGACGGCGGAGGGCGUGAGCCUGCCCCGCUCCACGCUCUACUGCCACUACCUUCUGCACUGCCAGGAGCAGAAACUGGAGCCCGUGAACGCCGCCUCCUUCGGCAAGCUCAUCCGCUCCGUCUUCAUGGGCCUGCGAACGCGCCGGCUCGGCACACGGGGGAACUCCAAAUACCAUUACUAUGGGCUGCGCAUCAAGGCGAGCUCCCCUCUUCUCCGGCUCGUGGAGGACCAGCAGCACCUGGCCAUGCGGCAGCAGCCCUUCUCGCAGAAGCAGAGGAUGAAGCCGGUGCAGAAGAUGGAGGGAGUGACCAAUGGGGUGGCCCUGGGAGCUGGGCAGCAGCAAGCGGCUGGAGCCUCUGACAUCAGUGCCCAGGUGCAGCAGUACCAGCAGUUCCUGGAUGCUGGCCGAGUCCUGCCCGAGUUUGCAGAGAUUGACCUCCAGGGCAAAGCCCUGCCUGAGGGGAUAGAGCUGGAGCAGAUCAAGAGCUUUCAGCUGCUGUACCGGGAACACUGUGAGGCCAUCCUGGACGUGAUGGUUAACCUGCAGUUCACCCUGGUGGAGACUCUGUGGAAGACCUUCUGGAGGUUCAGCGAGAGCCCAGCCAACGAGGCGGGUACACUCUCUGUUCACGACGAGUCCGAGAAGCGGCUGCCCAAAGCGUGCCUGGUGCUGCUCUGCAAAUACGAGCCGGUGCUGCAUUGGAGCCGCCAGUGCGACAACACGCUGUACCAGAGCCUGGUGGAGAUCCUCAUUCCCGACGUGUUGCGGCCCAUCCCCAGUGCCUUAACGCAAGCCAUCCGCAACUUCGCCAAGAGCCUGGAGAGCUGGCUCACCAACGCCAUGAUGAACAUCCCAGAGGAAAUGGUUCGCAUCAAGGUCACAUCAGCAAGUGCGUUUGCACAGACACUGCGCAGGUACACCUCCCUUAACCACCUGGCUCAGGCGGCCCGCGCAGUCCUGCAGAAUACAGCGCAGAUAAACCAGAUGCUCAGCGACCUCAACCGAGUGGACUUUGCCAAUGUGCAGGAGCAGGCCUCGUGGGUAUGCCGCUGUGAGGACCGUGUGGUGCAGCGGCUGGAGCAGGACUUCAAGCUCACGCUGCAGCAACAGAACUCUCUAGAGCAGUGGGCAGCCUGGCUGGAUGGCGUGGUGUCCCAAGUCCUGAAGCCCUACCAGACCAGCCCUGCCUUCCCCAAGGCGGCCAAGCUGUUCCUGCUCAAGUGGUCCUUCUACAGCUCCAUGGUGAUUCGUGACCUGACCCUGCGCAGUGCCGCCAGUUUUGGCUCCUUCCACCUAAUCCGCCUGCUCUACGAUGAGUACAUGUACUACCUGAUAGAGCACCGGGUGGCCCACGCCAAGGGGGAGACACCCAUCGCCGUCAUGGGAGAGUUUGCCAGUCUGAGUAGGAACCUGAGCACACUGGACCCAGACAAAGAGGAAGAAGAUGAGGAAGAGGAGGAGAGCGAGGACGAGUGUCAGGAGCUGUCGCUCUCCGCGGAUUCGGCCGGCCCGGAGGUGGAGCCGCUGGAGCCGCCCACCAAGCUGGCCCGCACGGACCAGAGGGUGCUCUUCAGCACCGGCCACGCAGACAACUGAUCCCCGCGUACACGCAAACAAACGGUAACAUUUAUGCGGCCAAACGUAGCCCUGCCAGAACGCGCAGACCGGUCCUCUGACAGACGGCAGUAGUAAGGUAGCCAAGCAACGAAUGGGUGUGUUGUUAUAUUAAUGUCAACGUUGAUGCUCAGUUGGUGGAUGGAGACGCCUACCGAAGCGGCCUGCACAAAGCUAGAGCUGCAGAUACACCCCCACCCGGAAUGCAGGUGGGUUCCACUCUCCGAGUCUCCCCUGGCUCUUCUUCAGUGCUCCUGUCAGAGCCCUUUUUAUAGAGCUUGGACUGCUCUACCUGUCAAUCAGCAAAGCGUGAGUCAAAACUGGUCUGUAGCUGUGUAGCGUCCCAUCUUUCCUCACCCACCAAUUCUUUAUCCACUCAUCUCUCGGUUAUGUGUUAGAGGGAAGCUGGUGUGAAUUUUGACAUAAAGGUUAGGUCCUGAAGCGUAAAGUCCAUAAAGUCCUGAAGCGUGGUCCUGCCCCUGAAGACAUGGCCACCCGCUGGACUGGGUGUGGAUGUGUAGUUUACAAGAGUGCGGUGCUCUGUGUCUCGAUAUACGUGCAUUGGGAGUGCUGCUCACGUGCUGUGCUGCUGUGUCUGUGCUCAAGGGUUCGAGUAAAGAUGCUAUCCGUGCCUACUGUGCAGUAUUUCUGAUGGGUUUUUCGGUAGUUCGAUAACCUGCCUUUUAGUGUUGUUUCACUAUGGUGUAGUGGGCGGCGGAUGGAGGGGCGGUUAGAGCCUUGCCCUUUAAAUCGGACGGUUCCCGUUUCAAAUCUCUCUUCUGCUGUGGUACGCUAAAGCAAGUUAUUUACCUUGAAUCAAUACAGUGAAAUUACCGUCCUAUGUAAAAUGGUAAACUGUUGUAAAGUUGUCUAACGUUGCAAGUCACCUUGGACUGAGUUAUCGACUAAGGUUAAUGACAAUUUCAAAUCAUUUUUCACAAAAUUACUGCUGAAGUACAUGUUAAAUUAUGGUAUUUGUUCCUCAUUUUUAGAUUUAAGCUGCAUAAUGAAAAGAUCAGAUUCACUUUUUGGAUGUGUAGGACACCUCAGAAGGUGCUGAGCGGGUGCGUGCUCAUUUCUGGGGCACUCGUUCACACGCGGGCUGUGUUCCCAAAGCGUCUCCUCACACCGUCCAGGACGAGGUGUCCCGUGCUAGUCAGAGCGCCUCCCCGCUUCCGAGCUCACCCAUUUGGUUUUCAUGGGUUUCCCUUUUUAACCUUUGUCCAAAACACAGCCUGGUGUUCCACUGUACAAUUCCGAUGCAGUAUCCCCCUUGCUGUACCUGACCUGUCAGUGACUGACAUGAUUUCUGUGCCAUGAUCCUCCUUGACUUUGCUGUUUUUGAUAUUAGCUCCUUCAGUCAUCCUGUGAAAAAGAGAACGGUUGCUCAUGAAGGGGAAGUCGAGUGUACCGUUUGACCGAAAUCGUUCUGCUUUCGUCUGUGUACUUGAUUGCCUCCACAUUACCUUGGGUUCUUCUCAGCAACUAAAACCGAAAGCAAGCCUGCCCUUUUGCCGAGCCUGACUCAAGUUUACCCUGUCAGCGAUCCAGGUUCCUCUUCAAACUUUGAGCAGGCAGCGAUUGUCAGAGGUUGCUCUUCAAAGAAUAAAUACUAUCCUUGAGUCAGAAGAUGGCCCCUUAGCCCCAGUGACUCAGAGUGAGGUAAAAAGCACCUUCAGGUUUCUUGCACCUGCCUGAAGCCGUCAGCGCUUUUUUUCAUCCACUGGAAGCACUUGGUGAAAGACGAGACUGCCAUCUCCCCAGGGUGAUGCAUAGCAGCAGUGGGCGCUUCGGUGACAUCUUUCUGCCUUUUCUGUCACUGCCUUGUCAGUGUCCUUUGUAAUCUCACUAAGAGUAAUAAUGCAAACAAAUAAUGAAUCAACCAUCUCCCUCCUCCUUGGAUGCAACAUAAUGGCUCACCGACAUCAAUGUGGAUCAGUUCUUGUUGCCAAAAUCAUAAUCACAUUACACUGGCCAUCUUCCAUGCACUGGAGCAGUGCACCACCUCUGCAAGAUCAAGGAGCCUCAAAGCAGCACAUCUUAUUUAUCACCUUGGAAGAAUCUGUAAAUCAGAGCUGCUUAAACAUAUCAUACAGAUCUUACAAAUCAAAUACUGUAAGUUUUAUUUAUAAUAAUGAUUUUACAGACCACUACAAUAUGUUUUGUAUAUCACUUUAAAAUUGUAUUUUACUUUUUAGAGAUUAAAAAGAAAAUUACUGUGGGAACAUAUGACAGAAUGAUUGUGCCUUUGGAAGUUGUAGAAUGCGGAUGUUUUUCAUUUGAAAUCUAUAAAUAAAUUUCUAAUAUCACACUGUCAUGUAACUUUCAUUAUUCACCUAUGGUCAGGUGGUAGUCAAUGUGAAAAUGAUUUUGAGAAGUUCCCUCCACUGAGGAAAUGCACACAACUGCACCAAAAGGGACAAAAGGUUGUGGGCUCAAACAAAGGUGGACUUCAGUUUCCAUGGACCAAACGCAAGACAAUCUAGAUGUACACCCUGAAUACCUCUCAUACAGUUUCAGCUGUCAAGAGAUAUACCCACAACCUGAUUAAAUGGCUUAUGCGUACAGCGACGUUGAAACUGUCUCAUGUAAACACAGCCCGUGAGUCUCUUUGCCAGGUACAGUAGCAGAGGAUGCAGACUCUGGGGGGGGUGACAAGCUGGGAAGGUUGAAGAACCAAGAGAUGAGCAGUGAACGUACAGCAAAAAAAAAAAAAAA